AUGCCCAUCGCUCGCAGGGACCAUAGUUCUCUCCAGUUUCCCUGCGGUUACUUACACUGCGCACGUCAUUUCAAGUCUCAGGGAGGGCGCAAAAAACACUGGAACACCUCACACUCAAUAUUCGGACCAGCUCCUGCUACCACCAGCGUCUCGCACACCACUACAGUUGAAGAGCAGCCUGAAGUACUGGAUGGCCACUUCUCAGCAGGUCAUGACAACAUCUCUGCAGGCGGUGACAAUUUUCCUGCGGGUACAUCUGACCCAAGUCAGGCACUUAAUGAGCCUGACAUUCCAGAUAAUUUGAACGCAGAAUUUUUUGGGCCGGGUGAUAGAUUAUACCGCAACUAUCACCCAAAACUAAAUGCUCGUCCUUGCGACGUGACAGGACGAUUCCUUGCAGAUGGAGCGCCCCCGACACCACCUCCAAUCAAGUCACCCGAUGACUGGGCUCCAUAUCGAAAUCGUGUCGAGUUCGAGACUGCAGAAUUUCUGUACACGCGCAACCAAAUGUCUGCCGGAGACAUCAAUAUCUUAUUGGAUCUUUGGGCUGCAACCCUCCUCAAAUACAACGACAAACCUCCAUUUGCGGACCACCGUGAUUUGUAUAAAACUAUUGACGCUACGCCAGUGGGUGAUGUCAAAUGGCAAUCCCUCAAGGUCCAGUACACUGGGGAGAAGCCCGAAACCAAUGUACUACCCUGGAUGGACCAAUCUCACGAUGUCUGGUACCGAGACCCCCAUGAGGUUAUUCAGAACAUGUUGGGGAAUCCGGACUACGCUACAGAGAUGGAUUAUCGGCCCUACCGUGAGUAUUUGACUGAUGGCGAUGAACGCCAAUGGCAGGACUUCAUGUCUGGUGACUGGGCAUGGAACCAAGCGGAAACUAUUUCUGAAGAUCCGGAUACACUCGGCUCAACGUUUGUGCCGGUUAUACUCGGAAGCGACAAGACAACAGUCUCAGUGGCGACUGGUGCCAACGAUUACUAUCCCUUGUAUGUAUCAAUCGGGAACGUUCGUAAUAAUGUCCGACGUGCACAUCGUGAUGCCGUUGCCAUUAUUGGCUUCCUCGCUAUGCCAAAAACUACAGAGGAGCACGCAAAAGACUCAAAAUUUCGGAAAUUCCGUCGGCAACUGUUUCAUUCGUCUGUCGCCAAGAUUCUCGAGAACUUAAGGCCUGGUAUGACCACACCAGAGGUUGUACGCUUCGGUGACGGCCACUAUCGGCGUGUAAUUUAUGGCCUUGGACCAUACAUUGCAGAUUACGAGGAGCAGGUUCUACUAGCGUGCAUAGUGCGCAAUUGGUGUCCGAGGUGUAUGUCACAUCCUGACAGUUUAGACACGAAGUCACUGUGUCGUCGACGUGACCAUACAGAAGCGUUAGUUGAAGAGGCAACCUAUGGUGCUUUGUGGAUGGAGUAUGGGAUUGUUGGUGACCUUGUUCCGUUCACAAACGAUUUUCCACGCGGCGAUAUUCACGAACUUAUCGCGCCGGAUAUCCUGCAUCAACUGAUUAAGGGAACCUUCAAGGAUCACCUAGUCAAGUGGGUUGGACAGUAUCUGCAACAUGUCCAUGGUACGAAAGAAGCGGAGAGAAUUCAAGCUGAUAUAGAUCGAAGAAUUGCUGCGGUUGCUUCAUUUGCAGGUCUCCGACGAUUUCCAGAAGGUCGGGGAUUCAAACAAUGGACGGGCGAUGAUUCAAAAGCCCUCAUGAAGGUCUAUUUACCUGCCAUCGAAGGUCACGUCCCAACAGAUGUGGUGCGCACGUUUCGCGCAUUUCUCGAAUUUUGCUAUCUCGUACGGCGCAACAUCAUUACAGAAUCUACUUUAGGUCAAAUUCAGGAGGCUCUUGACCGAUUCCAUCAUUACAGGGAGAUAUUUGAAUCUACGGGUGUUGUCUUCACGUUCUCUCUCCCUCGGCAACACUCUUGUUCCCACUAUGUCCUCCUUAUCCAACUUUUUGGUGCGCCCAAUGGCCUUUGCUCCUCGAUCACCGAGACGAAACACAUCAAAGCUGUCAAGGAGCCAUGGAGGCGCUCGAGUCGCUACAAAGCCCUUGGUCAGAUGCUGGUGACAAACCAGCGCCUCGAUAAGCUCGCAGCAGCACGCAUUGAUUUCAAGAACCGCGGAAUGUUAAACGGCACCUGUCUGUCUGCCACACUCAAGGCAUUAAGUAAGGUGAUAACGAAGAGGGCUGAAAUUGACAAUGGCCCAACACUGGUGCAGGCCCAUGUCCAGUUGGCAAAGACCCCUCAACGCAAACGCGCACACACUAUACCCGAGCUAUCCACGGAACUCUCUAUCCCCAAUCUCUACAAUGUCCUCCGCCGCUUCCUAUUCGAACAAGUGUACCCAGACGACCAGCACCCUCCCUCUGAAAUCCCGCUUUCGAGAUGUCCUCGAUUUGAUGGGAACAUCCAAGUCUUUAAUUCUGCAUCUUCGACAUUCUAUGCGCCCAGCGACCGCAGUGGAAUUGGCGGUAUGCGCCGUGAGCAUAUUCGUGCCUGUCCUAUUUGGAGAAACGAGGCGCCCCGGUAUGACUGUGUGUUUGUUAACACAGAUGCAAGUGUUGAAGGGAUGGUGGGCAUGGAUAUAGCGCGCGUAAUGUGUUUUUUUUCUUUCACAUUCAAUGCAGUUUCGUAUCCAUGUGCCGUUGUGCGUUGGUUUGACAAAGCCAGCGACGGACCCGACCAGGACACUGGGAUGUGGAUUGUGACACCUUCGUUUGAUACUGACCAUUCUUUUUCUGUUGGAAUCAUCCAUAUUGAUUCUAUUUACCGUGCCGCACACCUCAUUCCAGUCUAUGGAGCACAGAUCAUUUCACGCGACAUCAAGCACCAUGACUCAUAUGAUGCUUUUCGAGCAUUCUAUCUGAACAAGUUCGCAGACCAUCAUGCUUUUGAGGUCGCAUCCUAG